AUGUUAAAUGUACAUUCAUUGUUAAAACCUCCUAAAAGUGGAAAUUGUAAAGUAGACAAAGAAAACAAAUCAAUAUUAGACAUUACUGAUUUAAAAGAAUUGAUGAAUGACACAUCAGUAAGAAAAGAAAAAGUUCAAAAAUUGAAACAAAAAAUCGCUAUUUUAAUAGAAGAAGGUGAUGAAGAUCCUGAAGAUAUUUUUCUUGAACAUGAUUAUACAAAAAGCACUGUUUUUGAAUGUGUUGUAUAUUAUUUAGGAGGAUACCUGGCCAAACGAUUGAGUAAAAAAAAUAAGUGCACAUUAUGUAUAAGUGGAUUAAAAAAUAAUAAUCCAGAAAUAAACACUAAUAAAUCUGAACUUGUUGAAAUGAAAACUAGAGGGUUUCUUACACACCCAAGUGGAAAUAUGUAUAAUAUUUUACAAGUGCUAGAGGCUAGUUUUCAAAAACAUUGUAGUGCUCCUGAUGUAUUUGAAAAUACGUACAAUGAAUUCCUUUUAGCUUCAACAAAUUUAAAAUUUCCAUGUGAAAAUCACAAGACUGGUGUGAUGGUGGAAAUAUUCACUUCCUACAUCUGUAUGCGUAUGAGACAAUACACAUAUAUGGAAAACCAAAAGAACAAAAAAUUAAAUAGGACUAAGAAAAAAUUAUCAAAGCUUGUUUCUUGUUAA